CCUUCAGGGGGAAUGCUUGUAUUCCUCCCCUGGACCAUUUGAUGAUUACUACUCCAGCCCCCGUCUGGUUUAGCAACUGGGAUCACCUUCAGAUCAGAUCUUAAAUCUUAUCACUUACAAAAUUACAGAGUUGUCCUCUCCCGCCCAAGAAGGGCAAAUGGACUUUGGAGUUAAGAUGCAGGGGGGUGAACCAGUGUCAACAAUGAAAGUCUCCGAGAGCGAAGGAAGGCUGGAGGGCCUGGCCACCGCGGUGACCCCGAACAAGAACAGCAGCAACAGCAGCUGUGGGGGUGGAAGCAGCAGCAGCGGCAGCAGCCGAGGCGGCAGUGCCAAAGGCUGGCAGUACAGUGAUCACAUGGAAAGUGUGUGUGGCUAUUUAAUGAAGUACACCAACCUUGUCACUGGGUGGCAAUACAGGUUUUUUGUUUUAAACAAUGAAGCUGGGCUAUUGGAGUACUUUGUGAAUGAACAGUCUAGAAAUCAAAAACCCAGAGGUACUUUGCAGCUUGCAGGAGCUGUAAUAUCACCCAGUGAUGAGGACUCUCACACCUUCACUGUAAAUGCUGCCAGUGGGGAACAGUAUAAACUCAGAGCCACAGAUGCUAAAGAGCGACAACAUUGGGUUAGCAGACUUCAGAUAUGUACACAACACCACACUGAAGCUAUUGGCAAGAAUAAUCCUCCUCUGAAAUCACGGAGCUUCUCACUUGCAUCUAGUGGUAAUUCUCCUAUAUCCCAGAGGAGACCCAGUCAAAAUGCCAUUUCCUUUUUUAAUGUUGGACAUUCCAAACUACAAUCAGUGAGCAAAAGAACUAACUUACCUCCAGACCAUCUUGUGGAAGUCAGAGAAAUGAUGUCUCAUGCUGAAGGACAACAAAGAGACUUAAUUAGAGGAAUUGAAUGCCUUCCUGCUUCUGGCCAUCUUAGUUCCUUGGACCAGGAUCUCUUAAUGCUAAAGGCUACUUCCAUGGCAACUAUGAACUGCUUAAACGACUGCUUUCAUAUUCUCCAGUUGCAGCAUGCAUCACAUCAGAAGGGCUCAUUGCCUUCAGGAACGACAAUCGAGUGGUUAGAACCAAAGAUACCUUUAUCAAACCACUAUAAAAAUGGAGCUGACCAGCCCUUUGCAACUGAGCAGAGUAAGCCAGUGGCAGUCCCAGAAGAGCAGUGCGUUGCAGAAUCUGGACUAUUCGCAAGGGAACCUGAAGAAAUAAAUGCAGAUGAUGAGGUGGAGGAUACUUGUGACAACAAGGAGGAUGACCUGGGAGCUGUGGAAGAGCAACGCAGUGUUAUCCUACAUCUCUUAUCACAGCUCAAGCUGGGCAUGGACUUAACAAGAGUGGUGCUGCCUACAUUUAUCCUAGAGAAGCGUUCCCUGUUGGAAAUGUAUGCAGACUUUAUGUCUCAUCCAGACCUGUUUAUAGCCAUCUCUAAUGGAGCUACAGCUGAGGACAGAAUGAUUCGUUUUGUUGAAUACUACCUUACCUCAUUUCAUGAAGGCCGUAAGGGAGCCAUUGCUAAGAAACCAUACAAUCCUAUCAUUGGAGAAACGUUUCACUGUUCCUGGAGGAUGCCAAAACGCGAGGUAGCAUCCAGUGUCAUUAGCAGCUCUUCCACCCAGGCUGUCACAAAUCAUGCUCCUCCGUCAGAGGAGGCUUUGAGCCAGGUGGGAUCAGACUGUUACACGGUCAGAUUUGUUGCUGAGCAGGUUUCCCAUCAUCCUCCAGUCUCAGGAUUUUAUGCAGAAUGUGCCGAGAGGAAGAUGUGUGUAAAUGUGCACGUCUGGACUAAGAGCAAAUUCUUAGGCAUGUCGAUAGGUGUGACAAUGGUUGGGGAAGGAAUCCUCAGUCUACUAGAGCAUGGAGAAGAGUAUACGUUUUCUCUACCUUGUGCAUAUGCCCGGUCAAUUUUAACUGUUCCUUGGGUAGAACUGGGUGGCAAAGUCAAUGUCAACUGUGCAAAAACUGGGUAUUCAGCCAGCAUCACUUUUCAUACUAAGCCAUUUUAUGGUGGCAAACUGCACCGGGUUACAGGUGAAGUAAAGCACAACAUCACCAACACUGUUGUAUGCAGAGUACAAGGGGAAUGGAAUAGUGUUCUUGAGUUCACUUACAGCAAUGGAGAGACAAAGUACGUGGACUUGACUAAAUUGGCAGUGACGAAGAAAAGAGUAAGACCUCUGGAGAAGCAGGACCCAUUUGAAUCCAGGCGAUUGUGGAGAAAUGUGACAGACUCUCUGAGGGAAUCUGAAAUCGAUAAGGCCACAGAGCAUAAACGUACCCUGGAAGAACGCCAGAGGACUGAAGAAAGGCAUCGUACUGAAACAGGCACACCUUGGAAAACCAAAUAUUUUAUUAAAGAGGGCGAUGGCUGGGUUUAUCACAAACCCCUUUGGAAAAUAAUUCCAACAGUACAACCAGCAGAGUGACACAUACUGUCUAAGACUCGACCAAAUGAACUUCUCUAUUUACCCUAAACUCUCCCAGAAUGGAGUCAUUGCACUGAGUGACCUGCUUCCUGAUUGCACAGACUGAAACUAACUACACACGAAUGUACCAAUUAGGGCACCGUAGAACUGCAGCAAGACCAAAGUGUUGAAGAAGCACGAUGGACCUCUCACCAAGCCGUUCAUGUGAUGUGAGCAAUAUCAUCUGAAGCCCUUUCACCUGAAUUAUUAGAUGAUUAAUCUUUUAUCCAGUUCCUGCUCCAAAAGCUAAGUUUGAAUCCCCUCUUUUUGCAUGGGGGCAGCAGAUAAACACAACAGUGAGAACUCAGUGAUUUUGAUUUCUUUGUAGUGAAAAUUGAAGUCUCUUUCAGAGUUUGUGCUUUGCUUUCUGUCAGUAACUGAAGUAUUCACUACUUUUACAACAAAUCAAGAGGAGGAAGAAGAUGACCCAGAAGUGGCUUCAGCCAUUGUGCCUGAAAUCAGUGUUAAAAAAAAGUCAACCAGGUUGUCGUAACAAGGCAUUCUGUUCCUUCAAAGAGACUGUGUGCCUGUGUCUGAGGAACUUAUCCGUUAUCCACCUCUGUUGGAACUCUUUUAAAAAGUAUAUUUAUAAAUUGAUUAGAAUUAUAACCAUGGAGAAUUUUUUCUUCUGAGCAUUUUAAUAUACUUGAAAACAGCAUUGACUUGAAAAAUUUCAGAGCAUUUUUCAAUACCUAGUUUUAUUAAAUAUUAUACUUGAGAGACAGUUUUCUAAAACAUGGUCAUGUCAAUAUGAUGAGAUUUUGGCCCUUCUCAAGAACUGAGGCAUUAAAGAACAAGCAAAUAUUAAAAAAUAAGACUUACUGUUUUCCUUAUCUUUUUUUCACUUGUAGGUUAAUAUAUCCAAUAUUACGUGCUAUCCCUCUGGAUAAGUAUGCUUUAUCUUACCUCUGUUCACUCAAAAUUUAAAACAACUAUUCAUAUUUGUCAGUAAUUCAGAAGUUAUAUAUGUGACUAAGUGCAUGUAUGGUAUGUUUUGUUUUUUCAAGGAAACGCAAAUGCUGAAGAAAGAGUAUGAAA